AUGCAGAGGAAGAAUAAUGGCACACCAGGAACACAACCAGCAUGUGCAGCAUGCAAGCAUCAAAGGAAAAAGUGUCACGAUGGGUGCGUAUUGGCGCCUUACUUUCCUGCUGAGAGAACCCGGGAAUUCCUCGCUGUGCACAAAGUUUUCGGGGUAAGCAACGUAACGAAGAUGGUGAAGAAUGCCAAUGAAGCGAAUCGGAGAAAGGUGGUUGAUUCGUUGGUCUGGGAAGCUCUUUGUAGGCAAAAGGAUCCCGUGCUGGGUCCUUACGGGGAGUACAGGAUGGUUUUUGAUGAGCUAAAGCGAUAUAAAAACCAUGAAAUUCAAAUGGUUCAUCCUUCACAAGUGCAAAAGGGAAUGUGUUUUAGUAAAUCUUUGUCGGAUUUUGUUGGUUGGAAUGGUGGAGGAGCUAAUGGAAUCAGUAAUCACAACAUUAAUUUGGGUGGUUAUCUUCAUGAGAACGAGAAUGUGAUAAUAGAUUCAGCCUCAUAUGGUUAUCCUUCAAAUUGUGAGUUACAAAGUCCAGAGAAUAUCAUAAAGCAAGCAAAACUGGUUGAUUCUGCUGUUCUUCCACUAAACCAGCACCAGCAGCGUUCAAUCAACAACAUUAAUCAGCAGUAUUAUCUUUCAGGUCAACUUAAUCAAAUCAUUAGCAAGCCCAUAGAAGACACAAUAUGGGAAGGAGGAACAUAA